UUAACCAUAGAAGAAGAUCAAUGCCCGCAGCAGCAAAUUUCACAUUUAGUCAGACGUGAGCAUCAAAAUGCUUCUGCAAACGGUCAGACCGUGGCUGCUUCGUUGCCGGACUUUACCUUUGGCUUGCACAAGACCUUACUACGCUGAUAAAGUCGCUCGACUCGGCUCUCAGCCGGAUAAACAGUCCUCUGAAUAUCAGGAGAAUUAUGAGCGAAUGCAAGUUCUUGUUGAUCAACUGAAAAGCCGGACAGAGAAGAUUAAAUUGGGUGGGGGAGAAAAAGCCAGAAGACUUCAUACUUCUCGUGGGAAACUCCUGCCUAGAGAACGUAUAGACAGACUGCUGGAUCCAGGGACCCCUUUCUUGGAAUUGUCUCAGUUUGCAGCAUAUGAGUUGUAUGGAAAAGAGGAAGUCCCAGCUGGCGGUAUUAUCAUGGGGAUUGGGCGGGUUUCAGGGGUGGAAUGUGUUAUAGUUGCAAAUGAUGCCACAGUCAAAGGGGGAACAUAUUACCCAAUUACAGUGAAGAAGCACCUUCGUGCACAAGAAAUAGCCCAGCAGAACCACUUGCCAUGCAUUUACUUAGUGGAUUCUGGAGGAGCCAAUCUGCCCAGACAGGCUGAUGUCUUUCCAGAUAGGGAUCAUUUUGGACGCAUCUUCUACAACCAGGCCAGGCUGUCUUCAGAGGGAAUAGCACAGAUAGCUGUUGUGAUGGGCUCAUGCACUGCUGGAGGAGCGUAUGUACCGGCAAUGGCAGAUGAAAGCAUCAUUGUGCGAAAGCAAGGAACCAUUUUCCUUGGAGGACCUCCAUUGGUCAAAGCUGCCACUGGAGAAGAAGUUUCUGCAGAGGACCUUGGUGGCGCUGAUCUUCACUGCAAAAAGUCUGGUGUGACAGAUCACUAUGCUUUAGACGAUAAUCAUGCGCUUCAUUUGGCAAGAAAGACGGUGCGAAGUCUCAACUACAGGAAAAAUAUUGAGGUCACCACAGAACCUACUGAAGCCCCUCUCUACCCUGCAGAUGAACUCUAUGGCAUAGUUGGAGAUAACCUGAAACGCAACUUUGACGUUAGAGAGGUCAUUGCCAGAAUUGUAGACGGCAGCAAAUUUGAUGAGUUCAAGGCUUUCUAUGGAGACACACUUGUUACCGGAUUUUCAAGAAUAUUUGGUUACCCUGUUGGAAUCAUUGGCAACAACGGAGUCCUGUUUUCAGAAUCUGCAAAAAAGGGGACGCAUUUCAUUGAGUUAUGUUGCCAACGAAACAUUCCCCUUAUUUUUCUACAAAACAUAACAGGCUUCAUGGUGGGUAGAGAGUAUGAAGCAGGAGGAAUUGCCAAAGAUGGAGCAAAGAUGGUAACUGCAGUGGCCUGUGCCAAUGUACCCAAGAUUACUGUUAUCAUCGGAGGCUCCUAUGGUGCAGGAAACUAUGGCAUGUGCGGCAGAGCCUACAGCCCGCGAUUCCUGUACAUGUGGCCAAAUUCCCGAAUCUCUGUUAUGGGCGGUGAGCAGGCAGCCACUGUCCUGGCCACCAUCACUAAGGAUCAGAAGGCACGCGAGGGAAAGGAGUUCACAGCAGAGCAGGAGGCUGCCAUGAAGGAACCAAUAGUGCGGCGGUUUGAAGAGGAAGGCAGCCCGUACUACUCUAGUGCCAGACUGUGGGAUGACGGGAUUAUUGAUCCUGCUGAUACUCGUCUGGUUUUGGGACUGAGCCUCAGUGCAGCACUGAAUGCACCAACGAAGAAGACACGUUUUGGAGUGUUCAGGAUGUAAUUCUUAUCUAGCCUGUGCAGGUGUAGACCUCAGAUUUACCAGAAUUAUACUGUAUUUGUAGUAGUAUUUGUAGUUUUAUUUCUGAUGUGUCACCAGAUUAAGAGCGACAAACACAGAAAAAACACUAUGCAAAUGAAAAAUCACAGGCUUAGAAUCUCACAAUCUUGGAUACUUCGGGAUGAGACUGGAUGAUGAGCUGGUGUCGUGGGACAUUUCCACUGUUAGGUUGUGCCUUAACUGUUCCUAUCCCAGUGUAAAUGCAACUACUUAUAGAACUGUUUCCUUUGGUGGAUUGGAUUUUUUUUUUUUUUUUAUCAAAAACUGUAAAUGGUGAAUUAAUAAAAUGUUAAAACGUUAA